AUGGAGAUGAUGAAUUUUGGAAAAUCAUUCCUAAGGGGAAUUGACGCAAGUUAUGCAGACCAACAGGCAAUGUUGAUAGUCAAUAAUGCAGUAUCAGAAAAUGUAAAAUUACAAAAGGGAGAAGACAGAGUUUGCCCCCUGUUGCCAUUACUGUUCAUUUUAGUAUUAAAGACCCUGGUGAGGAAUAUAAGAUCUGAUGAAGAAAUAAAAGGUAUAACAGUUGAAUGCAAAGCAUAUAAGCCGAGAGCAUUUGCAGAUGACCUUGUAAUGACCGUAGAAGACCCAUUGGCAAUAUUACCUCUGAAAUGCAGAUUUACUUAUAACAACACUGGAAUGACCUACAAUAGCUAUCUUAAAACAACUUGUGACUCCAAGCAAGAUUCCUGUGUUGCCAGUGUUCUGCGUACAAAUAUAAGGGGACAUCGAGUGCAACUUUUGAAUAAAUGCACGACAUCCUACGAUUGUUUCUCAGGCAAUUACAGCUUCACUGCAGGGGACGGUAAAUUCUUUGAGAUGAAGAAGCACUGCUGCAACACUCAACUGUGUAACAAUGCAACUCUCAGCCUUCCUGAUCGCAACGUGCUGUCUGAAAAUGGCCUGAAGUGCCCAACCUGCUUCUCCAAAGGAGCCACACAGUGUAAAAGUGAGAAGACCAUCAACUGCCUUGAGAAUGAGACCCAGUGUGUUGUUUUUAAAGGAUCUCUUUCUAGAGCUUUUACUAGGCUCCAAGAUUUCACGUUCCAAGGCUGUGGAACAACAGAUUUUUGUGCCAUCCACAGAAGAAAACUUGGAUCUGGGGGAUAUGUCCUUUUUAUUACCGAAAAAAGAUGUUAUAAUGCUUCAGGAAUCUCACACCAGCCUGAACAUGAAGGGUAA